ACCCCAAACAGAGAAAAACCCUCUGCAUUCCAAGCGAGAGAAAGUGAAAGUUCAAUCAGAAGAAAGAACCCAUGGCAAAGAGUACAGUCAGGGGCGACCUCAACGUCGCGCUCUCCGAGCAACGCGGAGCGCUCAUGACGGCGAAAACCCUAGACUCUGACCUCGACCUCGCCUAUCACCUCCAAAUGCAAGAAGCCAUGACCGCCUCCCUUGCUCUCCGACCUUCAAGCUCAAGCUGUUCAUCACCACCUCAUCCCAACGCCGCCGUUUCAUCUCCCAAUGACGCUGCCGUUUCAUCUCCCAGCGACGCCGUUUUGGACGUUGCCUCCACGCUCAUGCUGCAAGACGUGGAGAGGUUCGCGCAAGAGCUCGAGGACCGCGAGCUAAGCGAGGCGGAGAUGAGGAAAAUGCGGGAGGAUCUGGACCGUCGGAUCCACGAUCAGAAACUCGCGGGCGAUAUCCUCAACAUCCCCGAAGAGGAAUGGGAAGCCAAUGGGGACAAUUACCACCGUCCGUACCGUACGGACCCUUUGUCGUCGACCGCUUUGGUCGACACCGAGCGUUUCAGGUUAUACUCCAAGGGGUUGGUGAGCGAAGAGAGGAUUAGGGAUAUGAAGGUCACCGUGGCCGGUGCUGGGGUCGCGAUUUGCGAUCGGAGGGAUGGUCUGAUCUUGGAGGUGAGGAAGAAUCUGGCGGCGUUCGUGGACGGUCAGGUCGUGACAGAUGAAGUUGCUGAGCUGGAGGCUCUGAUUGAAGGGCUUAAUAAAGCUCUCAGCUUGAAUUUGAAAAGGCUCACCUUCUUCUGUGAUGACAAUGUGCUUUACCGAUAUGUUACAGGUAGAGUAGCACCACAACAGAGUAAGAUUGCAACAUUAGUCAAUCAGGUGGCUCUUCUUCGAAGAAAAUUUACAUAUUGCAACCCAUCUCUUGUGGCACGUAACGAUAUUAAGUUUGCAUUUAAAUCUGCAAGAGAUGCUAUAGUUUCUCAAAUUACCUCAACUGAAGAAACUAGUGAUGGCAAGAGUUUGAAGGAGACAUGUGUAAUUUGCUUUGAAGAUACAGAUGUUGACGAGAUGUUUUCAGUUGAUGGUUGCCUGCACAGAUAUUGCUUUUCUUGCAUGAAACAGCAUGCGGAGGUCAAGUUGCUUGACGGGAUGGUGGUGAAGUGCCCUCAUGAAGGCUGUAAGUCCGUGGUGAAUAUUGAUAGCUGUAGUAAAUUCUUGGCACCAAAUUUGGUUGAGGUCUUAAGCCAACGCAUGAAGGAAUCUUCUAUUCCAAUUACAGAGAAAGUUUAUUGCCCACGUCCAAAGUGUUCAGCACUAAUGUCAAAAAGUGAGCUUUUGCAAUUUACUAAGACCACAUAUGUUGGUGCUGACAAAAAUGGAGUCAGAAGAUGCAUGAAAUGUCAUUACUAUUUCUGUAUCGAUUGCAAAGUCCCUUGGCAUUAUCAUAUGACCUGCAGUGAUUACAAAAGAUCAAAUCCUUAUUCCCUUACAGAAGAUGCAAAGCUCAAGUCUCUUGCAAAGGCGAAACGUUGGCCCCAAUGUGUGAAGUGCAACCACAUGGUUGAACUAGCCGAAGGUUGCUACCACAUCACUUGCAGAUGUGGAUAUGAGUUUUGCUACGUUUGUGGUGCUGAGUGGAAGAACCAAAACCCAACCUGUUCUUGUCCAAUCUGGGAUGAGCGUAACAUUAUACGUAAUGUACGAAGAAGACAAUGAUUAGGAGUAUGAUGACACUUGGUACAGAUUGAAGUCUAUAUUUGCUUCUCUGCCCUGUGUUUUGCUUUUGCUUUCGGAAAAAGAACAGCAAAAUGUGCUGUCGUAUCUGCUAAUGUUGCUAAGAUAUGCUUAGAAAGGGUUGCUGUUGAUAUUAGGCCAGGGUUUCUUAGAUUUUUUGUUGAA